CAUCCCGCUAUUGAGAUAGUGCAUGUUCCAGCCACCCUUUCGGACGAUUCUCCGGCAUGGAAUGAGUAGCUAAUGCUACUGAUGUCGUCGGGAUGGUGUGUUUUUCACCCGCAGUUUUGUUUCGAGUUUAAAGUCCGAAAAUUCUGUUCCUGAUGCUGCGCUUAAAUUCCGUGCUUAGAAGAAACCAGGCAGAAUGAUCCUUAUUUCUUCACUGAGGUUUCUCUUGAUACUAUCCAUAUUUUCAAGAUUUUGCAAUGCACAAAACUGUUUUGGCGGGAUUGAAUCUUUCGAAAAAACCACGGGAAUGGCUUUUGGCCCAUCUGUUGGGACUUCUGUGCUGCUGCAUCAGCAAGACCAGGCAUUGACUAGGGAUUGCAUAAACCUGUGCAAGCAGCAGUCGCAGUGCCUUGCCUUUUCUCUUGACUAUGCAGGAUUUAGGUGCAGCUCAUACAACGUCAACACUGUCGGCAGGAGAGACGCCUUGGAAGUGAGGCUAAAUAAUAAUUUCUUCGAGAAGACCUGUUUCCAUGGAGUGCAAAGGACCCUGUUCGAGAACCUCUGUGGAGAUCGUCUGUGGGCAUUCGAGAGAGUCCGCGACGCUUUCCUGAACGGCUACGUAGAAAAAGAAGUGCAGAAUGUGCAGACGAAAGAGGAAUGCGAAAGACUAUGUCUGACGGAGGUCACCUUCAUUUGCAGGUCAGCCGACUACGACGAGGUUAUGCGUGUCUGUCGUAUGAGCAAAGAAGACAGGAGAUCCCAACCUCAAGCCUUCAGAGAAGUCGUCGGAAGUAACAGGGAUUACUUGGAAAAUCAAUGCGCAGCUUCAG